AUGUACGCCCAGCGGAUCGUCGACGCCGACGACUUGGACGGUGAGGCCGACGGCCUCUCUCAGCAGAUCCUACAGCAACAGAGCGGUCCAGAGGACAUGCCUAGAGAGGUCCAGGGCGACGUCGAUGACGACGUGGAUCUACCGGAGUCGGAUUACGACGCCUACCACUUGGACUACGAUUCUCCAGAGGAUGAGCCUGACUGGGAUGACGACGAAGGCCGCCGUGACGAGUUCUACGUCAUGCGCGCCGAACCCGUCUUCGCGACCCCGGAUGAGGAGAAGGAGGCGGUUCCGUCUUUCAUCGAAUACGAUGCGAAGCGUAUCCUGCAGUCCUUCCAAUUGGACACCACGACCGCACCUACCAAAUCCCUCACGAACGCGUGGCUGUACGAUUCCCGUAUACGCCGGUUGAAGGUGUCACGAACCGCCCUCACGGCGCUACGUUUCCUUUUCGAUUCGGACCAUUGCCUCAGCUCGUCGGCGCUCCUGCCUGCCUCGCUCGUCUCCACUUACUCGCUCGACAGUCAGUCGUAA